UGACACACAUGUACCGUAUACACCAAUAGGCAAACAUCCCGUUGAUCACAUGCCAAGUCCUUUUGGUGAUUUCGAUAUGCUAUACAUUGACCGUUUAAAAAAGCAUCUUACCUAUUCACACGUUAAACAUUAGGGAGACUUGGACCAUUUAAGAAGAUGAAGCACUCAUUCGUGAUUAGUUUGGUAGCUGCUGUGGUGAUAGUAUCAUGUGCAAGACAUGGUGAAGCUCAGCCCAACGAGGCAACAGAGGACGUCCUGUUGAGCUUACUUACCAGGAUGCUUCUUGACCGUGAGCAGGAAUCUCUGCACACAAGAGCAUCGAUGACGGGAACUGUCAAGUGGUUUAACGAAGCCAAGGGUUAUGGGUUCAUUGCACCUGACGACAAAAGCGCUGAUGUUUUUGUGCAAUAUACUGCGAUUCAAGGACCAGGCUUCCUGACGCUUUCCGAGGGACAAAGGGUAUCCUUCGAAGUGGAUAAUGGUACUAAAGGACCAUCGGCAUCGAAUGUAGUUCGCUUAACAUAGAUAGGACUCAUUCUACAAGAGGCGCGAAAGUCUGACAGCAGAGACAAUGUGUUACCCUGAUUUGUUUUGUGAUAACACUGAAUUUAUAUGAUGGCAUAUAGCUCAAACAGCUACUUUAAAAAAUUAGAACUUAAACAAUAUUGUAAACUUACGUAUAUGUAGUUAGUUACAUGUGAAUCUGCGAUUGCUGUCUGUACAUAAUCACUGGUGAUCCACUUGAUUACGCUGGAAGCGUUUCGGUUACAAAAUGUCGGAACGUCGAAGG